UAUGGCGGCUUUGUUUUGCUCUGUGAGGAGACCACGUGGCUUUUGUAUACUAUUCUGAAGAGUUAUGUUUGACAUGAUUGGUAUCGUUUAUAUAAGGACACUAUUCGGGUUAAACGACAUAUAAUACAUCUUUAUUUAUAUCACGUUUGAUCUUUGCUUCUCAUUCCUGUGAAUAUCUCGUAGUGUGCAAAACUGAACUGCCUGGGAAACAUGCAAACAUGCGCAGCCCGUUAUCUAAUAUUUUUCCAAUAUGCAGGGACAAAAUACAGUGGUGUGAUGAAAGCACCAGACCAUCAGGCUGUGGAGGGAGUCCAAAAUCAUUUAGAGAAAGCAGUACAAAAACUAAAGCCAGUUAAUGAAGUAUCAUUUGCGAUCUCCAGUAGGACAGACUCUGGUGUGCACGCCUUGUGUAACUCUGCUCAUGUAGAUAUCCAGAGAAGGGGAGACAAACCACCUCUGCCUGAGCAAGACCUAGUUGACGCUUUAAACUUCCACUUGAAAUCAGAGCCUAUAAGAAUCACCAAGGCUUACCGUGUGCAAUGGGACUUCCACGCACGCUAUCGCGCCAUAUCACGGACAUAUGUGUACCGCUUUACUUUUGGCCUCAGACAUCAUACAGAAAUGCCCAUAACAGAGCGUGAUUUAUGCUGGGCAUUAAAAGACACGAGGCUGAAUAUCAAUGCAAUGCAAGAGGCUGCUGCCCUACUGUUAGGAACCCAUGACUUCAGCACCUUCCGUGCCUUGAACUCAGAGACCCCCUUUAAGAACCCAGUGAAGACCCUUGAUUUGGCCCAACUGGAUCCUGGGCUCUCGUUCAGUCAGAGACACUUUCACAGAGAUAUUCAAUUCUGGGAGCUCACUUUUAAAAGUAGGUCUUUUUUAUAUAGACAAGUGCGGAGAAUGACUGGAGUGUUGGUUGCCGUUGGUCAGGGUAGACUGUCAAUUCAUCAGAUUCAGGAAUUACUAGAGGCACGUGAUUCCCUGGCCUUCCCAAACAACAUGACGGCCCCAGCCCACGGCCUGUUUUUGACCAAUGUAGGGUACAGAGAUGCAGAUCUUUCACCAAAUGUGAUGGACUGAACAUACCAUUUCAUAAUACCUGAUGUAAAUAUGUUUCAAAAAGGGUUGUAAAACUGUUGUAUCACAUACUUCUGUCAAACACUUGCUUUCCUGUGUUUUUAAUAUUAAACUGAUAUUUCUGGUUCUGGCUGUUGAUUGGUCAAUACAGUGUUCCUGCUAAAAUACACAAUUUUCACCGGUAUGAUGCAAAACACUUGUUCUCAUAGUAUAUCACAGUGCUGCACCAAUAGAGGCCAACUGUUAUCCAUAGGACUACAGUGGAUAUAAAAAGUCUACACACCCCUGUUAAAAUGGCAGGUUCUUGUGGUGUAAAAGAAUGAGACAAAGUUAAAUCAUGUCAGAAGUUUUUCCACCUUUAAUGUGACCUAUAACAUGAACAGUUCAAUUGAAAAAACAAACUGAAAUCUUUGAGGGGGAACAAUAAAAAAACUUAUGCAACCAAUAACCUGGUUGCAUAAGUGUGCACACCCUCUUAUAACUGGGGAUGUGGCUGUGUUCAGAAUUAACCAAUCACAUUCAAUCUCGUUAAAUAGAAGUCAUUACACACCUGCCAUCAUUUAAAGUGACUCUGAUUACU